AUGGUGGCGACAAAAGUAAAAACCCCCUUAGGGUUCGGUUCAAAUGUUCCGAGAUUUGGCAAAAUUCACUAUCACCCAGGCUUAGACCCCAGUGGACUUUUUGUGACAAGACCCAAAGGCUGCAACCCCUGUCUCUAUCAUCCUGUACCUUUUUAUGAAUAUUAUUUAUCAAAAAGAAGACAGAAAGCUGACAAAGAUCCAUGGAGAUACAAGACAGAACUCGAAGAUUGGUCUAAGAACUUGGGAUAUCGCAACCAGAAAAUACUUGAGCAGAGAAGAUGGUUCGCUACACUACUAGGACCUGCCUGGACAGAAGUACCAGAGCCGACUAAGUAUGAGCCGGCGUGCAACAAUCUCAACUUUGGAAGAACUCCACGUUUCAAGUCGUAUUCCAAAAGCGUUCCAGGACCGGGUACUUAUUUCAGAGGUGAACCAUACAAAGCCCCAUAUGGACCACAUUCCACUAGGCCUACCCUCGAGCGAGAGGAUCCUUGUAGAUUUAGAGAUCCAACACCAAGGUGGUCCCUUGCUCCCAAUCGUUAUACACUCGUGGAUAAAGACAGCAUCGAAAAUAAACCGAAAAAGAUAGUGUCACUACGAGGCCCUUAUGAUUUGUUUACCGGAAAGCGUUUUACUACCCCAAAAAGGGUUGUGUGCGCCACGUGGCCCAUAGCACUACCAGGGUGCUUUGAAGGAUAUAAGAAGAAACAUUUCGGUAAAUGGAACAAGACGGGUAGAGAAGUGCCACCUAGGAAUCGGAAUGCGAUGACAGAUCUGGCAAACAUCCCGCGCAAGUCGACUGAACCCAGUCCUUACAGCUACAAUGUUGUUCGACCAAUGUUCGAAUUCCCGCAGUACAAGUAUGGAUUCAACAGUUCGUAUGACAAGGCGCCGGGCUACCAGCGCACAAUAGUAUGGCCCGGAGUGGGCCGGUACAAUCUAGCCAAAGGGCAUCCUUGCGGCAUGCCGGGCCAUGGUCAUCGUCACGUAUUUCUCAGCAAAAUCAAAAGAACUAUUGGCGCUGUUAUUCCAGAGCCACUGAAUUCUUUUUAA